UUAAGAAUUAGAGGAAUCAUCUUAAGCUAUCAUCAUGAUGGACAUGGAGAUGAAUGCUGGUCUGGACGACGAAGGGAGCGAGAGCAGCGAGCCCAGCUCGGAGGGAAGCUCGGCGAGCAGCACGUUUUGCGACCUCGAGAAGGAUUACUCGAAGGUAUUGAAAGAAAUGAAAGGCAACGAGGAGUUGGCCCCAUUCAUGAACGAGUACACGAAACUGUACAAGGCUUUGUACGAGGCCCACCGAACGGAAAAAGAAUUGGAGGAGAAGCGUGAUUCAUUACUGACCGAAGUUCUCGAGAACAGGCAAGAGAUAUACGAGAUGAAGCAGAGGAUCUCCGACAAUAACGAGGAGAUCGAGAAGUUGAAACACGAGGUGAUGGACGCGAUGAAACGUGCGGACGCUGCUCAUACGAGGGAGCAGAACGCCCAAGAUACGAUCGAGAAUCUGCGAUUGAACGUGCAGCAAUUGAGCCAGGAGAUCGCCCAGAAGAACAGGCAAUUAGCCGCCGGCGAGGACGCCAGUGUGACCAAGCAGAAGGAGAGCCUGAUACAAGAGAAGGAGAAGCUGACGAGCGAGGUGGACACUUUGAAACAACGACUUAAGAACAUGUCUUUGUACACGGAAGAGCUCGAGAAGAGGACCAGCGUGGCUGGUCAUCAGAUCGACGAGAUGAAAGAGAGCAUGGAUAUGCAAUUGAGCGAGAUUUCGAGGGAACGACGGGGUAGGCAGAGGGCCGAGGAUGACGUUCAUCAACUGCAAGAGGAGCUAACGGCAAAAAUGACCGAUCUCGAGACGGCAAACGCAGCUAUACAAGCGGCGACUGCGAACGUGAUGAAGCUCGAGAGCUUGGUGAAAGAGCAGAGGAUUUCGUCCGAGAAGAUGCAAAAGGAGAUCAACAAGUUGUCGGUAAAAAAAAUAAAUCUCGAAGGGGACCUCGAAAACGCGAACAAUCAGAUCGAAGGUUUGGACAAGGAGGUCGCGGAAAAGGAUAAGCAACUGAAAGAGGCCAGGCAAACCGUACACAGAUUAAAAGACACGGUAACGAAAUGCAGAAACGAGAAGGAAUCGAUGGCGAAGCGACUGCAGAAGCUAACUCAGGAACGAUCCUCGUUGGACCAGCAGCUGACGCAAGCGUUAGUGGAUAAGAAAAAUGCCGAGCACCAACAAGCCAUAGGGCGAAAGCAGCUGGUUGAUAAGCAACAAGAAAUGGAGAUCAUCUUGCGCGAGAAGACUAUCUUGGCACGUACCAAAGAGACGCUCAACGACCAGUUGAAAAGGAUGCAACACGAGAUGGUCGUGUGCGAGUACAGCCGUAGAAAGAUCGAGCACGAAUUGGACAGUUCCAUGCAGGACGUCAUGGAGAUAGAGAAGCAGCUGGAAGCGGUGGAAAAGGAGAGAGACAAGCACAGCUCGACCGCACAGCAUUUAGCCCAAGAGGUGGAGGACUACAUAAACGAGUCGAAGCUGAGGCAGAUCGAGAUCUCGAAUUACAAGAAACGUUUGGCGGAAACCGAGGCCAAGUACCGUCAGCAGCAUAAUCUGUUCGAGGCAUUACGAACCGAGAGGAACACGUGCAGCAAGAGCCUGACCGAGGCGCAGGACGAGAUACAGGAGCUGAAAAACAAGCUGAAGGUGCUCACUCAUCAGAUAGAACAGCUGAAAGAGGAUAUCGUGACGAAGGAGGGCCAGCUGAUCAAAGAGGAGUUCCUCCGCAGCAAAGUAGAGAAAGAGAGGGAAGGUGUGAAAGUGGAGUUGCAAUCGAGUCGAAAGGAGGUCUCCGAUUUGAAACGCGACAUAGAGUCGAUGAAACAAGAGGAGAAGAGCUUGAGGCAAGUGAUCCACCGAGCCGAGGCGGACAUCGGCCGGCACAAAAAGGACAUUGACAACGUGAUGAACGAGAGGGACAUUCUCGGGACGCAAUUGGUACGCAGAAACGACGAGCUCAGCCUUCAGUACAGCAGGAUCAAGGUUUUACACGGGACGCUCCAACGCGGGGAGAUUCAGUACAAUCAGAGACUGGAGGAUAUCAGAUUGCUCAAGCUCGAGGUGAAGAAAUUGAGGACCGAGAAGGCCCUGCUAUCAAAGAACAUUGCGAACAUGAGCGAUCUCCGUCAGGAGGUGUUCCACUUGAACCGUGACCUGACGCGGGAGAGGAUGAAGGUGAUGGCGUUGGAAGAGGAAGUGCAAGCACCCUUGAACAUUCAUAGGUGGAGGAAAUUGGAGGGUUCUGAUCCGAAUACAUACGAGUUAUUGAAGAAGAUUCAGAUUCUUCAGAAGCGCGUGAUAACGAUGGCAGCGAAACUGAUCGAGAAGGAGAAAAAGAUUAAGGAUACCGAGAAAUUGUACAUGAAUAUACGUGACAUUUUGUCACAGCAGCCCGGGCCUCACGUGGUAGUAGCUCUGAACAAAACGCAAAAAGCUUUGCGCGAGAGGGGACAAAAAAUGAAGUGUCUGCUAGCGGAGCUGAGGAUGUAUCAGGUCCAGGUGGGCGAGUGCCGGCUCGGUAUGGACAGCAUGACCAUCGAGAUGACUCAUUUAAAAAAGAGAUACUUCACGCAAAAGAAGAAGCUCGACAAAUUGAAAGAGGGGAAACCUAAACCAAUAUGCGAACCUAUUCUGCCCGCGGUGGAAAACAGAAAUCAAAGACGAUUUUGCGGGGGUGGAUUUAACAAGGUUACCCCUACGCCUAGGAACGCUUUCACCGUGGGUUCCACGUGCGGAUGAGUCAGUUAACGAGUAGAAAAAAUUCUUACAAAUUUAUUCUUAUAAAAAAAACAACUGAGAAAUUAUAAAACGAGUACCCUUCUGUCGAGUGAAAUUCUUUCUUGAAGAGAGUUCCAAAUUAUUUGAAUCCGACUCUAUACUCUCGCGAGCUUACUCCAGCGUACAAACAGUUAACGAGGAGUGGAUGGAGACUCGUU